AUUUGGAAGUGAAAAGAAAGAUCAAAAAGAUUCGUCGUAGCAAUCGAUCCCGGAACGGCGAUAAAAAGAAAAUAUUUUAUAUCUUGUUAAAUUGCGACAACUGAAAUAUGUAGUUUCCCGGUACCGCGUAGUGAACGAAUGGUCAAAGUUUUAGCUUCACGGAAAUACCCUUUCGAAAUAUGAGAAAUUUGUGUUUUGUUAAUGAAGCUCGAAUGGUGUCAUUUCAUGUUUUCAAUUAUUCUGCGGAAUAAUGUUGGACCUGUUCGCGAUUAUCACCAAGAGAGAAAAUAUGCCAUGCAGGGAAUGGGGCACAAGUGUCUGUCUCAACUGCUUAUGAUGUGUGGUAUCGGAAACAGAAAAAUAUAUCUGUGAAAGAGAAAACAAUCUAUUCGGCAAAAAACAUAAGGGAAAUGUUGCUUUCUCUGUGCGUCAAGUGCAUCAUGGAAAAUAUUAGAAAUGGUCCAAAUGCAUAACAUUUGCAUAAAUUUUGAGAGUUCGACCUAAGGGGAAUUUUCUGUAAACGUACACGGAUAGCUCCUUCAAGAAUUAGAUACUACGCUCUUGUAUUUCUGUGUAAAUAUAACCGUUUGUGAUUUGUCCCACAGCAGAAUAAAAAAUCAACUUGAAUCUCUCCACUCGUAUUGCUUGAAUGUCGUGCAGUGAACGUUAUCUCCAUUUAACACCAAGCAACAAAAAAUCCAGCCAACUGUUUUUACCGUGAGAAAAACGAACAAAAAUGUGUGAAAAAUCUAUUGUUAUCAAUUUAUGUUAUAUGCGUUGAGUUGGAAAUAAUAUAAAAUACGUGUUGACAUGUAGAAAAAAUAAAUAAAUUAUGUUUCAACAAGGAAUUGUUCAUUCAGUUCCGGGAAAACGAUGAAGCAAUUCCUCAUCUGAACUUGAAAGCUGGUGUUCCAGCGGAUUUAAAAUAAUAAUGAUGGAUGAAGAUGCUUUGAUUGCUCGUGCGAAGGAGGAACGGGCCAAAAUAUUCCAACGAUAUGACCUUGGCCGAGAACAAGGUGCAAUAAUUGAUAUAUGGGAGGAUCCAGCGUAUGAAGUAUAUCAUCAAACUGAUCGCUAUGGCUUCAUACACGAUAAACGGCUCCCCCAAAAGCACGAUCCGCACGAAACCAAAGCGAACGAGAUCGAGAUGGAGCGAGUCAAAAAGUGGCUCAAAAUGCUCGGCAAGUGGGAGGAAAAAUCGGCGAAGCUGCACAAGCGUGUCUACAAGGGCAUCCCGGACAGUUUGCGGUCACGGGUGUGGAGCAAACUGCUCAACUUGGAAAAGGUUAUGAACGAUUCCAAGAAUCGCAACAAGUAUCAGGAGAUGCUUUCGCUCGCGCGAUCCUGGGGAACUGAAGCGAGACAGAUCGAUUCAGACGUGAAUCGACAGUUUCGAGAGCACGUCUUCUACAGGGAGCGAUAUAGCAUCAAGCAGAAGAGUUUGUUUAAUGUGCUGGUGGCAUACAGUAUGUACAAUACGGAAGUAGGUUACUGCCAAGGAAUGUCCGGUUUGGCCGGCGUUCUGUUGAUGUACAUGGAUGAAGAGGAAGCGUUCUGGGCUCUGAGUAUACUUUUGUCUGAUAAAAAGUAUGCAAUGCAUGGAUUAUUUAUAGAAGGCUUUCCUAAACUCACGCGCUUCUUAGCUCACCAUGACAAAAUCAUAGCCAAAUACAUACCAAAGCUGAAGAAACACUUUGAUCAGUACAAUCUGGAUUCGAUACUCUACUCGUUGAAAUGGUUCUUUGUUGUGUUUAUUGAGCGGAUACCGUUCAGUCUCUGUUUGCGUGUUUGGGAUGUCUAUCUCUUGGACGGAGAAAAAGUUGUUACUGCCAUGGCUUACACUAUUCUACGAUUACAUAAGGGUAAAAUUCUGAAACUCAAAGACAUGGAUCUGAUUGUGCAAUAUAUUCAGACUAAAUUACACGUCGAUUUCGGUUAUGACGACGAUUUCGUUAUUCAAACAUUGGACAAAUGCAUGGAGGAACUCCGGAAGGCCGGUAUGGAACUACCACCGCCAGCUAGUGAGAUUGAGUUCCCGAAGCAUCCGUUUGGAGUGUUCGUUGAACCAACGGUGGAGGCCAAGAUCGGUCGACGCAAGAAAGACUUCAGUGAGACAGAGAAGGAAGUUGCUGAAACGGUGAAGACAAACCGAGAAAUUACAGCCCAGGAAAUUGCCAAUCUAAACCAAAGCAUCGCUGCAGGAGGCGACUCCAACACUCAACUGAAUGCCGUUCAAAUUCCAGAGUCUGAGGAUGGAGGGUCGCUGUUGGGUAGCUCGAGGAAAUCCCUAGCUGACACAUCCGUCACAUCGACAGCCGAUUUGAGUGUUCUUUCCGGUGGACAAAGCCAACGGUCCCAGCAAGCAUUCGAACUGUGUUAUGAUGACCAUCCGAAAACUAUCGAGAGUGGUGAUGAAGGCGAAAGAGAGAGCAGUCCUGGAUUACGGAAACGAGCGAUUAUUCUCUCGGCGAAAUAUAAACCAACGAAGGGCCCAACGUCCGCCGUCGGUUCAAUGAGUAUAGUGGCCCGGAGUCCAUCGGUGCAAAUGACAACACCACGAGCAAUGUCACCGCAAGAUGUUGUUCGCAUAUACGUCCCACCGGCACCCCCUGAGGAGCUACAGAAAACAACGCCUCAUUCCGCUUCCACUACAACUGUGGUGGCUGCUGUUGUAUCGAAGAAAGAUUCGCCCGGCAAAAACACCAACAGGUAUUCCAACGGGUCGAACUACUCCAGUAACGGUACACCAAUAGUUGUGAGCCGCCAAAGCAACUACAACGAUGACGAAUUUGACGACUCUAGGACGAGAAGAAACAGUGAAAUUGAGCUGUAUCAACCAUACAAUAGCGGGAGAUUCGAGUAUGGAAACGACUACGGGAUAUCAUCUUCUGUCCAGAACUAUGUAACGAAUGGUAGAUCUACGUCAAGUUCAAGACGUGGAAGUAUGUCGCGAAAAUCUCCAGCCCCAAUGCUCGACGGGGAGUUUAUUAUCGAAUGCAGCCAUUUAAAAAAUAGAAAAUACAUACCAGAAUAUCACACCAGUCAGACCAGCUUGAACCAGGCCGGUGUGAGAGUAAGGAAUGGAUCCGAGAGUAAUAUUCAUCGAAUGACAUCGUUUGAAGAGCUGGCUAAAAAUAAAUAUUUGAGUGGUAGCAGUAACAGUCUUCUGAAGAAUGUGAAUGAUGAUUUUGUCAUACGUCAUAUGGUAAAAGCGAAAGGAAACAGAUUAACCAAGAGCGAAAUUUAUGAUACUGUCGACAGUAGUGAAAGUGGGAGUAACGAUCGGUACGAAGCAUACACAUCCGUUCAUCAGAAGAUUUCCAGAGGACAUAAGAGUGACUACAACAUACAGUACAAGAAUAUAUCGCAUAGAGGUAGUAUUGGGGAAGGAAAUCGUCACGAGUACAACAGCAUCGAAUACAAAGCAUUCAAAACUCGACAAACCAGCAGAGAGAGUGGAAACGAUAACAGUCCAUUCGAUUACGAUCUUCUAACCGAUGGUCGCGACGAGAAUAGCGCAUUGUGUAAUUACGAUAGAUUCUUCAACAAUGAAGACGACGAUGAAGAUAAAUUGCUUAAUAAAUCCUCGGAUGAGUCUUCUACCAGUCCACCACCUAACAAGCAGGUGCAAUAUGUUCAAAAAACCUCAUCCCUUGCUAAAAACACCAGCAACGAGUUUAUACCGUUGUUGUCUUCACCAUCGUUCACAGAGCACAAAACACGAAUACCUAGCCAAUCGUCCUCCAUCCCGGUGAGCAACAGUAUGAAACGUAACAAUUAUUCUACAGAUCCAUUCCGUUUCGAGUUGUCGUCUCCUCUGACUUCUAAGAAUCAGAAAAACACUGGUGAAAUUGCUUCUUCUACAACUUCUCGUCUGCCCCAGCAACGACAGUCAAGCUCUCGAAUUCCAGUUGUCAAGUCUCCCUCUUCCCUGCAAGGUUCAAUGCGACAAUCACACAAGUCUAGAAUUCCAUCAUCCCCAAUAAUUUCACCGCUAUCUCCCACGGGAAACACCCAAUCUUACAGUCGCAACACCAACGGAUCACGAAUUCCUGCACCACCCUUUUCACCAACUUUGUCUGGGCCCUCUUCUCUCACAUCAUCACAGCGGAGUCAGUAUAAUUCUAGCUUAGAUCGAACUCGCAUUCCUUCGUCCAGCUCAGCACAUCAUAUGCAUCAGGGAGCAGACUCGAACAAAAUUCGUAUCAAAGUUAAUCAGUCACAGUCGGUCGGAUAGAGCUAAAUGAACGCAAAAACUCGACAACUGCACGAGUUCCAACUCCAUUCCAGUUAUUAGAUGGUAAGAGUUACAUUUUGAGUAUUUUUAAACAUUGUGUUCAGAUGAAGCUGUUAUAAAAGAACAAUUAGGAUAUCGCUUAUCGCUACAUGCGCCUAUUGUUGGUCUAAUUUUUCAGGAAUUCAUGCUUCACCAUAGACGCAAAGAACAAUUUUUAGUAUCCGUUUUCUUUAGUUGCUAUGGAAUCAAAAUGGGCCCCGUAAAAGUACGGCAAGAAAGCCCUACCAAAUAAUAUUAAUCGCUCAGAAAACGCUCAUUAGUGAGGGCGUAAAUCAAGUUUUGAGGUAACGUGCAUUUAUUUCAAAUCAUAUAGUAGGAAAUAAUAUAAAAAAGGCAAGUUCAUCGCUGAUGUGAAAAGAAAAGAAAAGCGUCAUUGAUGCAUCCUGAAGUGACAUCGAUACGAUGCUUACAGCGACAAAGCAAUACUUUGGAAAUUAUUCAAUCUUUUGUUAAUAUACAUUCCAAAAUUAACGCAACACCAACCAAGUUUUAUACGGUUAAGAAUCGUAACACAACGGCGAGGGAAAAAUUCAAUAUUGUUCCGGCAACUUUUCUGUACUACAAGAAGCACUCUUGUUGAAUCAACAAAAUAUUGAAGUAUGACAAUAUCAUCAGAUAUUCAUUUAAAAAAUUAAACAAAAUAGAAUCCAACGUUUCUCUGAAUCUAGCACAACCACUUAACCGAUACCUUGCAAUCUCAUCUGCUUAUUUAGACGAAAAACGGACUUUACCACUCUAUAUUACCAUUACCAAUCCACGUUUAUGACACAGAUUCUUUACAAACAAAAAAACAGCCAAAUAGAAGAAAAAUCAUACAAUAAUCAAUUAAGGCUCAAUCUUAUGAACUCCGAUAAUGAAUGAUGACUCGAUACUGCUGAAUUUUGAAUGACAAUGUGAUCAACAUAACCAGGCACGAUUUGAUAUAUGUUUCCAGAGGAUCGUGAAUUGAAGUCUUGUUUGACAGUAGGGAUCACAAUAUUGUUCUCGCCACCACUAAUCUCGGUAACAGUUCUGCUAGAUCUAACGGCGAAUUAAAGUAGGAUAAUAUGUCAGAUAAAACUGUUUGGUUAUUUGUUUUUUUUUUCUUUUUGUAAAAUGACGAUAAUAUAUCAAAAGUGCAGAAUAUUUAUUGAUUUAUUUUCUAUACUUAUACAUUGAAAGAUGAAGAAGGAUGGAUGAAAUUAUUUAUAUUGGAGAUGGCAGAAAUCUCUAUCUUUGUUUGAUCGUGAUCUAUAUUGUAUAUCGACCGUGUAUUCUAUUCGACUGCAUAGUCUUCUAAGAGCAACGUGCUAUACCUACCGGAGGAAUCUAACACUCCUGUUCUAUUGAAAACAUAUUGAAUGUGUUGACGCUGCGUACGCACUUUUUUAAUAAAACGAUCGAAAUC